AUGUGGCGGCGCUGCUUUCAGCUACGGCAAUGGGGACGCCGCCUCCUGAAACAUCCCCUAGGUGGUCCCAUCGACCACGCGGUGUCAGGGCCAGCCCCCCAGCUCUGGGCCCGGGCCUACGUCCCCCCAACAGAAAGGAAGAGGUUUUAUCAGAACGUCAGUAUCACCCAAGGUGAAGGUGGCUUUGAAAUAAACCUGGACCACAGGAAGCUGAAAACACCCCAAGCCAAGCUCUUUACCAUUCCUAGUGAGGCCCUGGCCACUGCAGUGGCCACUGAAUGGGACUCCCAGCAGGAUACCAUCAAGUUCUACACCAUGCACCUGACCACCUUGUGCAACACUUCUUUAGACAACCCAACACAGCGAAACAAGGACCAGCUGAUCCAGGCAGUUAUGAAGUUUCUGGACACCGACACCAUCUGCUACAGGGUGGAGGAGCCGGAGACCUUAGUGGAACUUCAGAAGAAUGAAUGGGACCCCAUUAUUGAGUGGGCCGAGAAGAGAUACAAUGUGGAGAUUGGUGCCUCUACCAGCAUCAUGGGGCCUAGAAUCCCAGCCAAGACUCAGGAGGCACUUGCCAGUCAUCUGGAAUCUUACAACAUGUGGGCUCUCCAAGGGAUUGAGUUUGUGGUGACCCAGCUCAAGUCCAUUGUGCUGACCUUGGGCCUGAUGGACCUGCACCUGACAGUGGAACAGGCUGUGCUGCUGUCACGCCUGGAGGAGGAAUACCAGAUCCAGAAGUGGGGCAACGUCGAGUGGGCCCAUGACUAUGAGCUGCAGGAACUGCAGGCCCGCACGGCUGCUGGCACGCUGUUUGUGCACCUCUGCUCUGAGAGCACCACCGUCAAACACAAGCUCCUGCGGGAGUGAGGCCUGUGGC